GACGACAUUACCUAAGCUCCGAUUUUGCCUCGUUGUCUCCGCCACCCUUCUCGUUGUCUGAUCUUUCUAUAUCUACUCUGCUUCAACUUCCCCUCCUCUCUCACCUUUCACAGACAUCCCAAUUUGGAAAAUUUCUCACCUGCAAUGGCACAGUCUUUGAAUUUCUUCGUCUCCACGUCCCGUUCACCGGACUUCGCAAUCUCUACACAUUCCUACUCAAAACCCAUGUUUCAAACCCCCAAUCGUCUCUUGAAACUCGCCAAAUCCCCCCGCAAACCGGUUGUUUUAGUCUCCGCCGAUAACGGACAAGGGGGUUUAUCUGCCGUGGCGGCAGAGUAUGUUUCUGAUAAUGGGACUAAACCCAUCGUUACUGCUCCACCCGACUCGAGUUCGAUUGAAGUGGAUGCGGUAACAGAGGCCGAGCUGAAGGAGAACGGUUUCAGGAGUACUCGAAGGACGAAGCUUGUGUGCACGAUCGGACCCGCAACGUGCGGGUUUGAACAGCUGGAGGCGUUGGCCGUCGGAGGGAUGAACGUGGCAAGGAUUAAUAUGUGCCAUGGUACCCGUGAGUGGCACAAGACUGUGAUCGAACGAGUGAGGAGGUUGAAUGAGGAGAAAGGGUAUGCUGUUGCUAUUAUGAUGGAUACUGAAGGAAGUGAGAUUCAUAUGGGGGAUCUCGGUGGUGCUUCAUCGGCAAAAGCUGAGGAUGGAGAAGUAUGGACUUUCAGUGUUCGAGCUUAUGAUUCCCUUCGCCCUGAGCGUGCUAUCACUGUGAACUAUGAUGGUUUUGCAGAAGAUGUGAAAGUGGGAGAUGAACUCCUUGUUGACGGUGGAAUGGUGAGGUUUGAGGUCAUUGAAAAGAUUGGUCCAGAUGUCAAGUGCCUGUGUACCGAUCCAGGACUUCUGCUACCUCGUGCUAACCUAACCUUUUGGCGAGAUGGAAGCUUGGUUCGUGAACGUAAUGCCAUGCUUCCAACAAUUUCCUCAAAGGAUUGGUUGGAUAUCGAUUUUGGGAUUGCAGAAGGCGUUGAUUUUAUUGCUGUAUCGUUCGUCAAGUCAGCGGAAGUGAUUAAUCAUCUUAAAAGUUACAUCAAGGCCCGAUCUCGUGAUGGGGACAUAGCAGUACUUGCGAAGAUUGAAAGCAUUGACUCAUUGAAAAACUUGGAGGAGAUAAUUCAAGCUUCGGAUGGAGCCAUGGUAGCCAGAGGUGAUCUGGGUGCACAAAUUCCACUCGAACAGGUUCCGUUGGCUCAACAAAAGAUCGUUCAAGUUUGCAGACAGUUGAACAAACCGGUAAUCGUUGCUUCUCAGCUGCUUGAAUCUAUGAUCGAGUACCCGACACCCACUAGGGCUGAAGUGGCCGAUGUUUCUGAAGCAGUUAGGCAACGAGCCGAUGCCCUUAUGCUCUCUGGUGAGUCGGCUAUGGGUCAGUUUCCCGAUAAGGCUUUGACCGUCUUGAGAAGCGUUAGUUUGAGAAUUGAGAGGUGGUGGAGGGAAGAGAAACAACAUGAAGCCAUGGAUCUCCCUGAUAUAGCGUCUUCUUUCUCUGAUAGUAUUUCCGAAGAGAUCUGCAAUUCCGCUGCCAAAAUGGCUAAUAAUUUAGAGGUGGAUGCGCUUUUUGUCUACACGAAAGAUGGACAUAUGGCAUCUCUCCUCUCCCGUUGUCGGCCCGACUGCCCCAUUUUUGCUUUUACGACCGAUGCUUCCGUCAGAAGACGUCUAAAUCUACAGUGGGGCCUAAUACCGUUUCGCCUGGGCUUCUCAGAUGACAUGGAAAGCAACCUCAACAAAACUUUCUCACUACUCAAAGCCCGAGGUAUGAUUAAAUCCGGGGACCUUGUUAUUGCUGUGUCCGACAUGUUGCAAUCGAUUCAAGUUAUGAAUGUGCCAUAAGAAACACAUGUUUUCACCCGUAUUUCUUGGUGCCGAUAGCCUCAACGAUUAUAUUUGAUAGAUGGUGGUUGUAUUUAUGUCUUUUCGUGUACUAGGACCCGGUAUCACCGGAGAAUUAUUACUUAUGGAUUGUGUAAUAAUUGGUUUUGGGUGUUUAGAGAUGGUUGUUUGUUA